UAAUUAACCCUUUUUCUUCCCUCCUCAAGUGUCUGCCAGGCCCUCCUCCAUUUCCUCACAGCACUGAACGGCUGCAAAAUAGCCGCAAUCUCUUCCUCCUUCCGGCGACCAAGGUCAGAUCCCGGUUUCAUUCACUCUGCACGUCGAUCAAAUUCGCCGCCUCCUCUUCACCGUCUCUGCGUCAAGCGAGCAAACUGCCAGCUCUUCUUCAUCACCUUUCCAAUCACCAAAAAUUUCGAAAAAUUUAAUUCUAAAAAUCUAGAUUAUCAUAUGAAUCUUUAUCUUCUCAAACUAUCUGUUAUGCGUUAUUUUUGCUGAUCAGCUCGCUCUACAAGGACUGAGAAUACGAAACAGUGACUGAAUGGCGACAUAUUCGCAGCUAAUUUCUACAUGGCUAACCCCACAGCUCCAUUGCCCAUACACACGCAUCUCCACAAGCCAGCAAAACAGGAGCCACGCCAACCACCUCCACCGCUUGACAGUACAGCGACACCACCUUGAGUGGACAAGUUUUGUUUCUCAACAGGGAAGAAGGGAGUUAGGAUGUGGUCAUCUCUCUUCUUCAGUUAAAGCUGUUUUGCUGGAUGAAUCCAAGGAAAGGACUCGCCUUCCAAAAGGCAACAUGUGGUCGGUCCAUAAGUUUGGUGGUACUUGUGUGGGAACCUCUGAGAGAAUCAAGAACGUAGCAGAGAUAAUUUUUAAUGAUGGUUCAGAAGGGAAGUUGGUGGUUGUGUCAGCAAUGUCAAAGGUGACAGACAUGAUGUAUGACCUCAUCUACAAGGCACAAUCACGAGAUGAUUCUUAUAUUGCUGCUGUUGAUGCUGUUUUUGAAAAGCAUAGAUUGACGGCAGCAGAUCUUCUUGAUGGGGAUGAUCUCACUAGUUUUCUGGCCCAGUUACGUGAUGAUGUUAAUAACCUCAGGGCCAUGCUUCAUGCGAUAUACAUAGCUGGUCAUGCAACAGAAUCAUUUUCUGAUUUUGUUGUUGGACAUGGAGAAUUAUGGUCUGCUCAGAUGUUAUCAUAUGUUGUCAGAAAGAGCGGGUUAGAUUGUAAAUGGAUGGAUACAAGAGAAGUGCUUAUUGUAAAUCCUACCAGCUCUAAUCAAGUUGAUCCUGACUUUGUGAAAUCUGAAAAAAGACUUGAAGAAUGGUUAUCUCGAAAUCCUUGUAAGACAAUUGUUGCAACUGGUUUCAUUGCCAGCACACCUCAGAAUAUUCCGACAACUUUGAAGCGGGAUGGAAGUGACUUCUCUGCGGCAAUAAUGGGUGCUUUGUUGAGGGCUCGACAAGUCACUAUUUGGACUGAUGUUGAUGGGGUCUACAGUGCAGACCCCAGAAAAGUUAGUGAGGCUGUGAUACUAAGGACAUUAUCUUAUCAAGAGGCCUGGGAAAUGUCGUAUUUUGGAGCAAAUGUUUUACAUCCCCGCACUAUUAUUCCUGUUAUGCGGUAUGAUAUUCCAAUCAUGAUAAGGAAUAUUUUCAACCUUGCUUCACCUGGAACAAUGAUCUGCCAGCCUUCUAUGAAUGUGAGUGAAGAUGGCCAGAAAGUGGACUCCCCUGUCAAAGGUUUUGCAACGAUAGACAAUGUGGCCCUUGUGAAUGUUGAAGGAACUGGAAUGGCUGGUGUUCCUGGCACAGCUAGUGCCAUUUUUGGUGCUGUGAAAGAUGUUGGUGCUAAUGUCAUUAUGAUAUCCCAGGCUAGUAGCGAGCAUUCUAUAUGCUUUGCUGUGCCUGAGAAAGAAGUAAAAGCUGUUGCUGAGGUUCUUCAGUCUAGAUUUCAUCAAGCUUUGGAUGCUGGACGCCUUUCCCAGGUUGCCAUCAUUCCAAACUGUAGCAUUUUAGCAGCAGUUGGCCAGAAAAUGGCCAGUACUCCUGGAGUUAGUGCUACUCUGUUCAAUGCCCUAGCUAAGGCGAAUAUUAAUGUCCGUGCCAUAGCCCAAGGCUGUUCUGAGUAUAAUAUUACUGUGGUAGUCAAGCGUGAAGAUUGUAUAAGGGCUUUAAGAGCUGUACACUCAAGGUUUUAUCUUUCAAAAACCACAAUAGCUAUGGGAAUUAUUGGACCUGGUCUGAUUGGUGGCACACUACUAGAUCAGCUCAGAGAUCAGGCAGCGGUCCUUAAGGAAGAAUUUAACAUUGACUUGCGUGUCAUGGGGAUCAUUGGCUCAAGGAGAAUGAUUUUGAGUGAAGUUGGAAUUGACUUGUCAAGAUGGAGAGAACUUACAAAGGAGAAUGGUGAAAUAGCUGAGCUGGAGAAAUUCACUCACCAUGUGCAUGGGAACCAUUUUAUUCCAAAUACUGUUUUGGUAGAUUGCACAGCAGACUCUAAUGUUGCAAGUUGUUAUUAUGAUUGGUUGCGUAAAGGAAUUCAUGUGAUAACCCCAAACAAGAAGGCUAAUUCAGGGCCACUUGGUCAGUAUUUAAAACUGAGAGCUCUUCAGCGCCAGUCUUAUACACAUUACUUUUAUGAAGCAACUGUUGGAGCUGGUCUUCCAAUUAUUAGCACUCUACGAGGUCUCCUUGAAACUGGAGACAAAAUAUUGCAAAUUGAAGGAAUUUUCAGUGGAACUUUGAGUUACAUUUUCAACAAUUUCAUAGGCUCACGAUCAUUUAGUGAGGUAGUGGCAGAAGCAAAGCAGGCAGGUUAUACUGAGCCUGAUCCAAGGGAUGAUCUGUCUGGAACAGAUGUUGCCAGAAAGGUGAUAAUUCUUGCAAGAGAAUGUGGUCUGAAAUUAGAACUUUCCGAUAUCCCUGUUCAAAGUCUGGUUCCUGCACCAUUGAAAGCCAGUGCAUCUGCCAAGGAGUUCAUGAAGCAGUUACCGCAAUUUGACCAAGACAUGGCUAAGGAAAGACAAAAUGCCGAGGAUUCUGGUGAUGUCUUGAGAUAUGUUGGGGUGGUGGAUGCGGUGAGGCAAGAAGGACGUGUUGAGUUGCGAAGGUAUAAGAAAGACCAUCCAUUUGCACAGCUAUCAGGUUCUGAUAACAUCAUAGCUUUCACUACUACAAGGUACAAGGAACAACCACUAAUAGUCCGUGGCCCUGGUGCUGGGGCUCAAGUGACAGCCGGAGGAAUAUUUAGCGACAUACUUCGAUUAGCCUCAUAUCUAGGUGCUCCAUCAUAAUAACUUCAUUAUUUAUAGCUGCAUUUCCAUUAGGUUUUUCCUUCCAUUUGUCAAUGGCUGAGGUAGUGCUUCAGCUUUAGUUAUGUAUCCUAAUGUAUGGAUUGCAAAUGGAGGUUAUUUUAUAAAACAUUAAAUUGCUUUUGGGACUACCGUAGUUUAUUCUAUAUUUCAAAAAUGCUUCACCCCAAUUCAGUUAGUGACAAUUACAUUGCGUUUAUAAUUUUU